AUUGAGCCUGUCAAAGUGACAUAGCAAGGUUCCAUAUGCCUGCGAAUGAAUACAGGUAUAUAGAUGAACUGUUACAAGAAAAUUUUAAUAAAGCCUUGGAAGGAGCGCGAAGAACAAGGCCCCACCGGUUACACGUUAAUCUAUUGAAAGUAGUAUUGAACACAAAAAGAACGCUUUAAAGAUUUCUUCAACCAUUGAGAGAGAUUACUCUAAGCCCUCUAUUCCCAUUGUUGGUUAAACGGAGAGAUCAAACAAUGAGAGAGACCUGUACGGCAGCCUCCUGUGGAAAGUGGGAAAAUCGAUGGGGGAGAGGGAGGGUUGUCCUUCGCCGCUGCUCAGAAGCUGUGCUGGUAAAAUAAUGGCGACAACAAGCCGCGGCUGCGACGUUGAGCAGGAGCAACAAGGGGAGAAAGAAUGACGCAGCCCUAAUGGGCUUUUUUUUUUUUGGAAUCUAAGUCCUCUGAGAAAGGCACGGCAAAGUUCUCUGCGUUUGAUGCUUGUAUGUCCCUGAAACGUUUUUGAGUUGCACAGUAUUUUCUCUGUGCAUCAAACAUGCCCUCAUGUCCUGACUCUGCAAGCGCUACUUUUUCAAAGCAUGUCAUACAUGAGAAACUGAAAUCCAAUUUUUCGUGCAACUUAAUAGCCAGUUAAUGGGUCAGAGCUCGCGAUUCCAUCUGGAUCCUGGAGUAAAAACAAAUGAUAGUCGAAUCACGAAUGCUUGAUCAUGAAUGCUUCCAUCGCGAUUCAUGUGUGAUGUAUACAAACUGUUGGAUGAAAAACACGAGAAGAAAAGAAUAAAAAAAAGGUGGAGCUGAAGAGGCCGAAAUACGAUUCACCCGAUGCCUUCACCUGACAGGGUCUGUGGAAGUGGGGAACAUUCACUCAUAACCAACAACAUGAUCGAAAGGAAGAAAGAGGGCACAGGGGCUUUAAAUUUCGAACGAAUGGGCCGAGGGGUGUUUUCGCCAUUUCGAAAUCCAUUCAAAUUUCAAAUGCUUUCCUGGAUUGACACGUGGAGGCGACGACUGGGGGAUCCUGACCGUCGCUCAUGUUGAGAUGGACGGUGAUCGUGGAGGCACAGAGUAUCCGUAUCUUAGAUGGGUCCCGCGCUUCUGCCGACGCACUGACGUCAGAAGUUUUUGAAGAAGGAAGCACCGCCGAAGAGCCAUGUAUUCGGGCCGUUCAUCUUCGAGAUGGACGACGCUGAAGCCUCAACUGACUCGGCUUCCACUUUGCACCGACAGCUCCGGCGGUGCCACCGUCGGGUCUUAUGUAGCCGCGGCCUGGCACGGCUUUUAAAAUCAGGAGAACCGGAUUCCGCCAUUGCCGUCCGAUCUUCGGGGCUCCCCCAGCAUCCAGCCGUCAGAUCCUUCCGCCCCUCUAUGCGGCGGAGUCCUGCUUCCGACGGCGACGCUGCUGCCGGAACUUUCUUUCCGACGUCGCCGGCGACCUGUUCAUGACGGUUGGGAAGAUUUUGCUCCCUCUGAGGCCUCAUCGCACUUCCACGCUUUCUAGCUCGCCUUCAGUUGGUGACGGAGCGGCCGGUCUCCUCUUCGAAGGACUGAAACUCAUCCAUUCUACUCGAAAACUAAGAAUGGCUGAUGAAACAGGAGCAGUGGACGCCAAAUCCACAGAACAAUGGUUAGAACAUGCUAAACUGUUGGUUCCUGCAGCCAUUGAGAAGGCAGGUUCUGUGAAAUGCUUUACUGGCAGGUGGAAACUAGUACUUUCGAAGCUAGAGCAGGUGCCAUCUUGCUUGUCUGAUCUCUCCAGCCAUCCUUGUUUCUCCAAGAACAGCCUCUGCAAAGAACAGCUAGUGGCUAUCUCGAACACCCUCAAUGAGGCCAUUGAGUUGGGUGGACGGUGCUCCGAGGAAAAUACCGGUGGUAAACUUCAGAUGCAGAGCAAUCUUGAUGCUUUGUCCGCGAAGUUGGACUUGAAUCUUCAUGACUGCGGGGUUCUUAUUAAAACUGGCGUCCUGGGGGAAUCCACUCCAUCGCCAGCGACUGCGAAACCCGGAAGCGGGGAGCAACCGGUGACUGCUAAAUUGAAUGUCAGAGAGCUGUUAGCCCGUCUGCAGAUUGGUCAUAUAGAAGCUAAGCAUCAGGCUCUUGAUAGCUUGGUGGAAAUCAUGAAGGAAGACGAGAAGGGCGUAUUGAGCGUGAUGGGGAGAAGCAACAUUUCUGCUUUGAUUCAGUUGCUUAGUGCGAGGUCCCCCAAAAUCAAGGAGAAAGCUGCGGAUGUGGUGUGUUCAUUAGCCGAAUCGGGUACCUGCGAGAAUCUGCUUGUCUCUGAGGGUGUCCUUCCACCUCUCAUCAGGUUGGUCGAAUCUGGCAGUUCAAUUGCGAAGGAGAAGGCCACAAUUACUCUCCAAAGGUUGUCUAUGGCAGUAGAAACUGCCAGAUCCAUUGUGGGACGUGGUGGUAUUCCUCCACUUGUCGAGAUGUGUCAAACAGGGGUUUCUGUUUCUCAAGCAGCAGCGACUGGUGUUCUUAAGAAUCUUUCAGCAGUGCCGGAAGUUAGGCAGAGUCUUGCCGAAGCCGGGAUCAUCAAGGUUAUGAUUGAUCUUCUGGAUUCUGGGAUUCUAUUAGGCUCUAAAGAGUACGCUGCUGAGUGUUUGCAGAACAUGACAUGCAGCAACGAGAGUCUGAGGAGGCAAGUGGUCGCUGAAGGUGGAGUGCAGCGCCUUCUGGCCUAUAUCGAUGGCCCUCUGCCCCAAGAGUCUGCUGUAGCGGCCGUGCGUAAUUUGGUUGGAUCAAUGCCCUUGGAAAGUCUGAUUGAUCUCGGCCUUCUUCCUCGUUUGCUGCACGUAUUAAAAGCUGGAUCCUUGGGUGCUCAGGAAGCUGCAGCUUCAGCUAUAUGCAGGAUAUGCAAUUCAAUGGAAACGAGGAAACUGAUUGGUGAGAUUGGUUGCAUUCCGCUGCUUGUAAAGAUGCUGGAGGCUAAGACCAACAGUGCUAGAGAGGUUGCUGCUCAAGCCAUUGGAAAUUUGAUAGCAUUUCCGCAAAACUGCAGAGAGGUGAAGAAGGAUGAAAAAAGUGUUCCGAGCCUUGUUCAAUUACUCGAGCCGAGCAUGCACAACACCGCUAAGAAGUAUGCCAUAUUUUGCCUUGCGGCUGUGUCUUCAAGCAAAAAGUGCAAAAAGCUGAUGAUCUCCUAUGGUGCCAUCGGCUAUCUCAAGAAGUUGUGUGAAUUGGACGUUCCUGGUUCAAAGAAGCUGCUUGAGAGGCUAAAACGAGGGAAAUUGCGAAGCCUGUUUAGCCGGAAGUAGGUGGUGAUGAUUAUCCACGGGGCUUCUUGAUGUGUUUUGCGCAGCUCGUUGUUUCAUUUUCUCUAUGAAACAAGAGGCGGUUUGUUCCAUAUUUUUGUAACUCCUAGAUGCUAGUCAGUUCUAGUCUCAUGUAAAUUAAACCUGCUCCAAGUUUCAUGUAUCUUUCAUGAUCCCAAUGUUUGAAACUUUGCUAAUCA